ACCCAGUUUCCAUGCUCGGCACACAGAUUUCCGCUCGAAACCAAGGAAUUCGCCGGCAUCUGCUCGUGCCCGGCCGUUUCCCACCCUCACCAACCAAGCCGCCCCCGGCGUUAUAUAACCACGGCACGGACCACACCUCCAAACCAACAGCCAAGCAGCCAACACAUCACCAACCAAGACUCGCGGUCUCUCGCACAUAACAAAGUGGUCAGCAGAGCACAGCAUGGCGGUGUCAGCGGCCAGGGUGGCCGUCGCCACGGCCGCCUCCUUAGCCGUGCACUGGCUCGUCAAGUCGUUCCUCCAGGCGCAGCACCCCGCGCUGAGCCUACUGCUUCCGGCGGCCGUCUUCGUCGGCAUUGCUGCCGUGGGCGGGAAGAGCGGCGAUGGCGGCAACGCGCUGCCGGGGCCGGCGGCCGUGCCGGUGUUCGGCAACUGGCUGCAGGUGGGCAACGACCUGAACCACCGGUUCCUGGCGCACCUGUCCGCGCGGUACGGGCCUGUGUUCCGUCUCCGGCUCGGGGUGCGCAACCUGGUGGUGGUGUCGGACCCGCGGCUGGCCACGGAGGUGCUGCACACCCAAGGGGUGGAGUUCGGCUCCCGCCCGCGGAACGUGGUGUUCGACAUCUUCACGGCCAACGGUGCCGACAUGGUGUUCACCGAGUACGGCGAGCACUGGCGCCGCAUGCGCCGCGUCAUGACGCUGCCAUUCUUCACGGCCCGCGUCGUGCAGCAGUACAAGGCCAUGUGGGAGGCAGAGAUGGACGACGUCGUCUCCGACCUCAACGCUAACGCGGUGGCGCAGGGCGCCGGCGUGGUCGUGCGGCGCAGGCUGCAGCUCAUGCUGUACAACAUCAUGUAUCGCAUGAUGUUCGACGCGCGGUUCGAGUCCGUGGAUGACCCCAUGUUCGUCGAGGCAACCAAGUUCAACUCCGAGCGCAGCCGCCUCGCCCAGAGCUUCGAGUACAACUACGGCGACUUCAUCCCCAUCCUGCGGCCAUUCUUGCGCGGCUACCUCAACAAAUGCAGGGACCUGCAGAGCAGGAGGCUCGCCUUCUUCAACAACAACUACGUCGAGAAAAGAAGGAAGGUGAUGGGCACGCCGGGGGACAAGAACAAGCUCAGGUGCGCCAUCGACCACAUCCUCGAAGCAGAGAAGAACGGCGAGAUCACGCCGGAGAACGUCAUCUACAUCGUCGAGAACAUCAACGUCGCAGCCAUCGAGACGACUCUCUGGUCCAUCGAGUGGGUGCUGGCCGAGGUCGUGAACCACCCGGCCGUGCAGCGCAAGGUCCGCCACGAGAUCAAGGACGUCCUCGGCGACGACGAACCCAUCACCGAGUCCAACAUCCACAAGCUCCCAUACCUGCAGGCAGUGAUCAAGGAGACGCUGCGUCUCCACUCCCCCAUCCCGCUCCUCGUCCCGCACAUGAACUUAGAGGAGGCAAAGCUCGGCGGGUACACCAUCCCUAAGGGAUCCAAGGUGGUGGUGAACGCGUGGUGGCUGGCCAACAACCCGGAGCUGUGGGAGAAGCCCGAGGAGUUCCGGCCGGAGCGGUUCUUGGGCGAGGAGAAGAGCGUGGACGCCACCGUGGGCGGGAAGGUGGACUUCCGGUUCCUGCCGUUCGGCGUGGGCCGGCGCAGCUGCCCCGGGAUCAUCCUGGCGCUGCCCAUCCUUGCGCUCAUCGUCGGGAAGCUCGUGCGGAGCUUCGAGAUGGUGCCGCCGCCCGGCGUGGACAAGCUCGACGUCGGCGAGAAAGGCGGACAGUUCAGCCUGCACAUCGCCAAGCAUUCCGUCAUCGCCUUCCACCCAAUCUCUGAAUGAACUGGGAGUGCUGCGGAUCAUUUCAGCGGAUGAAUGCUCCACUAUACAAUUGAUUUCGUUUUGAAUUUGGUAUACAAGUUACAGGAAAAUAUGUCAAGUUAUUUUACAGGUUUUCUUUUUCAAUCUUUCAGGAAUGUAAUUUCAAAAUUGACGUGUUACUGUCAUCCAACUAUAAAUGUGAGAUAGAUUCUGAAUAA